AUGGAGACUGAUUACCAACUUUACGUCGAGUCAUUGUCAGGAGUAUCAUCGGAUGACGAUGACAUCUCCACGGUGGAUAGCUCCGAUGAGGCCGUUGACAAUGAGGAGUCAACAAAAACUAACAUGUACAAUCACCAAAUUCAAGUGCAGUCACGUACUAGAAAUUUGGUGCAAAUGUUGUUCGACAGAGAGAGAACAGGAUACUUCUCAGGUGCGUCGCGUGCUGGUCAAAAACAAAAGCUUCCCUAUGAUAAAGUGCCAAAUCGAUUAAAACUGUAUCUCAAGGAUGUAUUGGCUAGCAAUGCUGUGGAGGGGCAUAUAUUCAUGGGAUUGACUGCCUGUGGACAGUAUAUGAUCAGUCAUCGCGUUGUGUGCAACGACAACACGUCGCUCAAUCAUUACUCCUUUAAUGUGGGAUACAAAUACACUCUUUACUUUUGGCUCUUUCAACCUCAUAAAAAAUUGAGAUACUUCUUCUCACGCCGACUGUUUGAUGAUCAUGUGGUCGACAAUUUGAAAUCAGUGACGAUGACCCAAUGGAAGAAUGCAGAUAAGCAGAUUUUGGUGGUUCAUGGUGCCGCCACAGAAGAGAGCGAAGAAAGCUAUAUAACAUAUAUAAAAGUUCCUAAGCUUGGUUGUUUGGAGUGUAAAAAGUUAAACGACGACGGUCCCUAUUCCUUUUACAAUGCUCAUUGCCUGAAUUGCCAUUUAACGGUACACACUAAAUAUUCCUCAACGGAAACAGAUCCCCGAUUUGAACCGCACCUGAAUCUUUUGUGUCCCGAGAGAAUUUUGAUUAUAUCGAAUGGUUUUAUGCAUAUGCUGCGCAUAGAUGUGGACACGCCGGUCGUAUCCAGCACAAUGAACAACAACUGCUUGCAUCAAUAUAAUCUGACUGCCUCGCAACAUCAGUUUUUGUUGCUGCCACGCACGCCGCUGACUAAUGACGAAGAUCGCAAUUCUGUGCCAAUUACUGGAUCUGAGGCGGAUAGUGAGCACAGUGUGGUGGCGCGAAUAAUUGCGGAUUUCAGUGAUAUCGAAACGGAUCAUACUCAGCGAAGUAAUAAUAGCAUUAACAACAACGAAAAUCAACAUCGCAUCAACGUAGAACAGAGUAGUGCCAGUUAUGAGAAACUCAUCUUAUCAUCCAACUGCAGUAGUAGUUUGACGGCGUCUAACAUGACUCUGAUGGAAACCACCCUGCCAGUAUCAAUGCAAUGCAAUGGAGUUGGCUCCAAUGAGUCCAGCCAGUCAAGGAAGCGGAAUCAGCGUAUAGUCACAAAGUCUUACCGCAAUGGAAUCACAACAAUUGAUGUUCAAAAUACACCAGCUUCGAGCUCCAUGACUGACAAGUCGAAUGCCUACGAGUUUUCAGAAGAUAACGAGAAGUGUGAGAAGAUUUCAAUAUUUCGAAAGCGACGACUCGCAGAUAAAAAGUAUGAGUUUUCCGAAGAUAAUUCUGAAAACAUUCUACCUUUUACCAAAAUUAGAUCGGCAGGACGUACAUUUAGUACCUCCACUACCAGUUCCACGGCUCAACGCAGUAUACAUCGAUUUUCACCAACAGCACACUUUUUUCAUAACUCCCCAUGUGCUUCGCCUUCUUCCUCCCCGCAUCCAUCACAGUCUGCUCAUACUCCCCCUGCAGCACCACAUAUUGGAUUCCGCUCACCGCCAUCUAGUUCGAAUCUAAUGCGAUCGCCCAAUCGUAAUGCAAACACAGUCACUAUGGGUGCACAAAUCUACAACCAAAAGUCACCACCUCUUUCCCAAGCAACUCAACAGAUGCUAAACUAUAAGGCUGUUGGACCUUUGGGAGCACUAUCUCCACUACAGGUGUCCAUGGCUAAGCGCUUUGAUAUUGGCGGCUCCAUUUCCCCCAACGCGGGGAUGUCUUUUCUUUCGCCACGACGUGAUGAGCAGAGAAUUGUAGAAAUGCCAGUACAAGGCGGUGUAAUGCCAGAAAUGCCGGUAUGUACCAAAAUACUGCAGCGUCGUUAUGUUGAUGAGGAUGAUGCGACCUCAGUGAUUACCAGUGAAGAGGACGAUUGUAUUUCCCCAGGCUAUCACACGUCGCUUCCAAUGGAGGUGCACGGUUCUUGUUACUCAGAAAUGCAAAUGAUUUCUCAAGCAUCAUACCAACGAUUACGGUGUAGCAGUGUCGUAGUAACGCAAAACUCUUUUGAUCUCGAAACCUUCACAUACUACGUCAUUAGUAUGAUCUGUCAAAAGCAUCAAAAAAUCUACAACGUAUUUUAUGAUUGGGCAUAUGAAUUCAUAAAUGUAUGCCCGAUAAGCCAUACCAUAAGCUUUUUGCUAAUGGCACAAUUUUCGGCUAGAGAUCAGAUGCCAACAACUCCUACGAAUUGCCUCUACUGCACAGGUCGAAUGGGAUGUGUUUUUCAUAAUCGACAAUAUGAAUGUCGUAUUCUUUUCACCUGGAACAUGGAUAGCGGGCAAUGGCAAGUCCUUGAUUAUGGAGAGCUUAAGGAAAUGCACGAACUUUUCAGCCCACUUAAACGGUUGGGGAAGUCUCGCUUAACACUGGCACAAUUGGCUCGCCAAACGGCACAGGAAAUGACAGCCAGUUUAAAUGGUUUACCCGAUUAUUAUUCUAAUUUGCGAGUGCUCAAUUCGGAUAUGAAGAAAUCAAAAUCAUCCAUAUGUGAUCUAGAUAACAUGGUAGAGUUUCAUCUCAAACGCACAAACAACGAAAUGACCUAAGUCCAAGAAAAGCCCUACAACCACAUAGCAUUGGACACUCUUGUUUUUCUCAAAAUAUACACAUACAACUGCUCUAGUUCAGUUGUAAACAAUUUAUGGCUUUGUAUCUAGUUUUAAAUGAAUAAACCUUUGUGCAACGAAAUACUUUUGCAUAUGGUUAAAA